AUGGAGGCAAACAAUCUGUUUAUUCCCAAUGACCGGCUUCAUUCUUUGAAUUUGUAUCCUCAUACGGUCGGUGGAGCUGCUUUGGAACGAGCUCAUGAGGCUGCGUCACUUCACUCCUUUAGUUGCCCACCAAAUGGUUUUCCUCUCGGGGAAUCAACUCGGGAGCGCUAUCACGAUGAGCGAGGCCGGCCAUUAACUCGAAUUCCCACCGCUUCAGGAACCCAUACACCUGAAGCUCCUCGAAGCCCAGGAAAGAGCUUAGCUCAAAGGUUACAGCUUGUUCUCCAAGCUAUGGACAGUAUGGGCCUUCCCAUUAGCAUUCUCAUCGGGAAAACCGUGAUAGCAACAAGGUGUAAAGUGGAAUUCCUCUUGCCAGAAACAAAGAAAGGCAAAGCAAACUGCCUUGUAGAUUCCGAGUAUGAACUCAAGGCAAUUCACUCUUGUAACGAGGGUCAAGUCUUUUCCAAUCCAAUAUGCUCAACCCUGAAUGGGAUUGAUUGGAGGACUGGGUUUGAACCAAUUGAGAAGCGGUUGUUCGCCUGUAAUGUUAUGUUACCUUGGGUGAAAAAAGGAAUAGCCGUUCUCUCCUGA